AUGGAUACUAGUUGGAUUGAUUUACGCAAUGGGGAUCCUGCUUAUUAUAAUGGUUGCAUGAAAUUCAUUGAACAUGCAAAGGAGACUCUUAUUCAUGGAAAAACCCGAUGCCCGUGUAAUAAGUGCAAGUUAAAUAAAUGGCAUUCCGUAGAAGAUGUUGGAGGACAUAUUUUGUUAAACGGUUUCCUUAAGAAAUAUAGAAAAUGGGUUUUCCAUUGUAGAGUCGAUGAAGGGAGAAAUACCUUUGAAACCCCUAGUGAUUUAGGAAAUGCAGUAGGUCAAGAUGACAUGGGGGGGUUGCUAAGAGAAGCCUUUGGUGUUGACAAUUCAGAGUCUGAUAAUGAAUCCCAAGACAUGCACGAAAAUGAAGGUUUAUUUGACAUGCACGAAGAGUUUAAUUUUCAUUGUGAGGUAAAUAAUGAACUUCCAUCAAGUAACUCUAGUGAAGAAGAUGUUAAGUAUAAACGACUAAGGGAGGUUGCCGAUGACGGUCUAUACGAGGGAUGCACUACUUUCUCAAAGUUAUCCUUUAUUUUACACUUGUUUCACCUUAAGUGUAUGUUCCACUGGUCUGCAGAGUCAUUUACUAAAUUGCUUGAACUUCUAAUAGACGCAUUUCAAAUUAAGGAGUUUCCAUCGUCUUAUUAUGAGGGAAAGAAGAUAGUGAACGAUUUGGGGUUAGGAUAUGAGAAAAUUGAUGCAUGUCCAAAUAAUUGCAUUUUAUAUUGGGGUGUAUUUGCAGAAAAAGAUGAGUGUCAUGUUUGCCAUACAUCAAGGUGGAAAACAGUGAAAGAAAAGGAGAAUAAUAAAGCUGAGGAUAUGAGAUGGCAUUUUGUCCAUGAAGAUGAUAAGAUCUUAAGGCACCCGUCGGAUGGUGAGGCUUGGAAAAGUUUUGAUAAAAGAUAUGUAGAAUUCGCCGAAGAUCCUCGUAGUGUUAGAUUAGGUCUAGCUAGUGAUGGUUUCAAUCCAUAUCGUCUAAUGAAUACCAAUUAUAGUACAUGGCCGGUGAUUUUGAUUCCUUAUAAUUUGCCACCGUGGCUGUGUAUGAAGUCGUCAUCAUGCAUUUUGUCCUUGCUUAUUCCCGGUAAACAUAGUCCUGGGAUAGAUAUUGAUGUGUAUUUGCAACCAUUAGUCCACGAGUUAAAGUUAUUGUGGGAAGGUGUAGAUGCCUAUGAUGCGCAUAGUGGAAAUAAAUUUAAGAUGCGAGCAGCCUUACAUUCCACUAUAAACGACUUUCCGGCAUAUGCUAUGUUGUCCGGUUGGAGUACAAGAGGUUACAAAGCUUGCCCUACAUGUGCCCAUGAUACUAGUUCAUAUUGGUUUGGCGGAAAAAUGUGCUACCCAGGGCAUCGAAAAUGGUUGCCAAUUGAUCAUCCUUAUCGUUCUCAAGGUCAUUUAUUUGACGGGACAAAUGAAUAUGGUAUUGCUCCGGUCCCUGCAAGCGGGACAGACAUUUUGGAGGAAUUAGAUAAGGUUAAGUAUGUUUAUGGACAGUCAAAGGAAAAAUCUAAGAAAAAUUCUAAGAAAAGAAAGAGACAACAAGGUGAAACUUCUCAUGAUGAGCCGGAUGAUGGUGAUGGUGGUGAAGAGGAAGCCAAUAGAGUUAUUUGGAAAAAGAAAAGUCUAUUCUUUGAGUUGGAAUAUUGGAAACAUAAUCCGCUAAGACAUAAUUUAGAUUUUAUGCACAUCGAAAAGAACGCGUGUGACAAUGUGAUAGCAACUCUUUUAGAUAUGGAUAAAAGUAGAGAUGAUAAGCAAGCAAGACAGGCUCUCAAAGAGAAAAAUAUAAAAUCUCAUCUUUGGCCAAAAUCUCAUCCUAAUCGUGUUAAUGACUAUUUGCCUCCCGCUAAAUACACCAUGUCUAUUGAAGAGAAAGAACGUUUUUUAAUGGUCAUAGAAAAGCUUAAAGUUCCCGAUGGAUACGGAGCAUCGAAUGCCACAAAAGUUAUUGACUUGAUUGAGGAGUUGUCCGACUUUUUCAAGAAGAUUUGUUCGACCACUAUUCAUUCUGAUGACUUAGAUAACAUUCAGUCAAAACUUAUUUUGACUCUUUGUGAGAUGGAGAAAGAGUUUUUACCAAUAUUCUUCACAAUCAUGGUUCAUCUACUAAUUCAUCUGGUGGAUGAGGUCAAACUUGGCGGGCCUGUUCAAUAUCGAUGGAUGUAUCCCAUUGAAAGGUACUUGGCAUUUUUGAAAUCUCAUGUAAGCAAUAAAGCCCAUCCUGAAGGGUCAAUUGCGGAAGGAUACCUUUUAUGGGAGACGAUUACAUUCUGCUCUAGAUAUUUAGAAAGUGUCCAGACCAUAUUCACCCGACCGAAAAGAAAUGAAGAUGGUGUUCUAGACAACAACACCUAUUUAUAUCAUUCGGGUUGUCGUGUGGUAGGAAAGCAAGAAAACGCUCGUCUAGAUGAAAAAAGUUUAAGACAAGCCCAUCGCUAUGUUUUGCUUCAUUCAGAUGAGAUGAAACCUAUUCUUGAUGCUUUCAUAUGCCAAAAACGACAAGAGGGUCAAUUUGGAGAAAGCCAAUUCAACGAAAUUAUUGAAACUGGGUGGAUAACCAAUGAGUUCACUGAGUGGUUGCGGAAUCAGGCCUAUAACAUAGAGGAUAGUACAACAGAAGGAAAGUUGAGAAAAGCCUUGGCCUAUGGAUUAAGUAAUCACAGUAAAAGAUUUAAAAGCGUCAUUAUCAAUGGCUAUAAAUUUGAUACUGUGGAUUGCGAGCGAUUUCGAAAGACACAAAAUUCUGGAGUUUAUGUAGAAGCAGAUGGGCAAGAGUAUUAUGGAAGACUCCAAGAAAUAUUCGAAUUAGAUUAA